CUCAUUAUGAAGCUUUUCAAGGCUGUGGGGGUUAGUUAUAAAUAUAAUUAAAUAUUAUUUUUUAUUGUCCUUGUGAGAACAAGAUUAAAGUGAGCUGCCCCCGGUUGUUGAUUUUUGAUGCACAAUCUUGGCUCUUCUCUGUCUUCUUGUGUUGGUUGUGAAAGUACAUUGGGGGACCCCCACCAUUUUCCUUGCUGCUCCUAUCAUGCAUUGUCCUGUAUCCAUUCUUUCUGCUGAUUUUUUCUUGAUGUUUGUGAUCAUAUGUACUGUACGGAUUGCUUCUGAUGCCGGCCACAGUUUUAUGUCUCGUCGUAGAAAAAAGUCGUAUUUCGUGUACAAGACUCCCGAACCUGAAAAAGAUAUCUAUUUCCGCGAACGAAAAGCAAGCAGAAGCAUGGUCUAUUGGUUAGACACUUUAUGACCCACAACCUAAUGAUAACAACCUCAUCAUCAAGAUUAGAAUAUAAGAAUGAAUCCGGAAGUCACGGUGUGUAUGUUUCAUUCAACAAAAGCUGAUUGAACAUUGCUCAAUUCAAUUUAUAACACACCAGAAUGCCUGUCUCAAAGUCUAAGGUCAGAAGACACUUGAAGCCAUCUCCAUCAUCUAAUCAAGAAAUGCCAAGAUUCGGGCUUAUAUCCCUGAUCAGGUGCUUCAACGGAUGUCGUGAUCAGACGCAAGUAACAGGGAUCGGGACACGAGUCUGGAACCUGAGCGACAAGCCGGUGGAGCUCCAGAUCAGGGUAGGCUCAAUGCUGAAGAAAGCUCACAGUCUAAAGCCAGGCUCAUCAAAGAGGCUGAAAUGUAAGAGCAUUUACAAGGCUUAUAUGCCUAGUGUUGGUGGCACUAGAGGUGUAGGAAUAAAGAGUUUCUUGUACUAUUAUGAUGAGACUUGUCAUCCUUACAUAUGGAUCCAUGACACUGGAGCUGAUUUUACAAGAAUGGUGAAGCAACAAUACAUUAGUCUUGAAGACUUGAGGGACUGUUCUGAGAUCACCAUUUAUAGAGAUCAUCUCAGAGGCUGCAUUUCCAUCAGAAAGAAAUCAAGGCCGGAGUUUUGCUGAUUAGAUGUUUGGACUGCAGUUGUGAUGUGUUCUUGUAACAUUGUGUUCAGUUUUAGUUAUUUUCUCUUUUUCAGCUGUGUGUUUGUGUUAUUUUGGGUUCUGUGAGUGUUCUCAAUUUAAUCAAUAUGUACCUCUCCUACUAAUUAUAUUGAUUG